CUCUGCACACCCUCCUGGGAUGAAGCCGUUGCUCCUCGUCACUGGGCAGGUGUUCAUCAGUCCAGGGGGCUACUGCGACUUCAGCUUCCAGCAUGGGUCACCGUUUGCCUCAGCCGCCUGCCUAGAAGCUUCUUUCUCACAGUCCCUGCUGAAGACAAGCUGGACUAGGCCAUGGAUUACCACAGUGUAGCAUUCCUUGUAGCUAGGGCCUCGGGUUGUCCUUUCCCUGCAGGGCUGCCCACAAGCCCCAGGACAAGCUCCUCUCCCCAGCAGGAGCUAGAGUGUGAGCCUGAGUCUGUAAGAAAACGGGCUGCUUCUGGGGGUGUGCUGGAGUUCCCAGACACCUUCCCUGAGGGCCGACUGGCUCAGGAAGACAGAUUGCUGGAGCCAUGCAGGCCAAUUGGAGAAGAAAGGAGGGCCUGGAGGACUGUGUGAGCCUCAGCUCUGCUGUCCUCAUGACUUGUCCUUUCCUUUCUUCCUCUGCCCUCCCCUUUCUUUUAGACAGGAAACUCAUGGCCCCAAACUCAAUGGCAGUCUCACUGUGGGACCAUAGGGCUAAGCUGUCACACCUAUCUCACUCCUGUCCUUGUGUUGUGUCGACUGUCCCCAGCAGUGCUGCCACUUGCCUUUGAGAGCACUGUCUGCUCUUGUCCCUCUAGUCUCCCUCCUUCAUGAUGCCCUCACAGUCCCAGCCUUGACCUGACAUGCUUGUCACAGGAUUCCGAGACCCACAGACCCCUGCUGUGAGCCAGCGCAGUGGGAAGGACAGCUUGUUGGUUGUCUCUGAAACCUGUGAGCCUCUGCUUAGCUUGACAGGCGUCCUCUAGGUGCUGCACGGUAGCGGGCUUUGGCGCCAUGCCAUGCAUAGUUCCAGCCCUGCAGGUCCUGACUACCAGACUCUGCUGGGAUCUCGGAGGUGGAUGCAGUGUCGGGCAGCACAGUGGCAAGUGCCACCUACAUUGAGGGCAGAGAGCCCAGCUUCCCAUCAGGCUGCGAGCCAACAACACCGCAGUCUUGUCACUUUGGAGCUGGAUGGAGACUCCGCCGCCAAGUUAUACUCUAGUCCAUAGCCAUCAGUGUUCUGUCAGCAGCCUGGGCAGAGAAGGCUGGGAAUAGGAGGCGACUGGAAUUUUGGUGGAUCUCAUUGAAGUGCUGUGGUGUAAGGGCAUAGGGAGUGGGUGGCCUGAGGCUCCAGAGAAGGUCUGGUGUCAUAGGCUUGGUGUGGUGGGCAGUGGGGAAAGGAGCUGUUGAAUGUAUCUAAAGCACUUCAUGGUGACUGGGUCGGUGGACAGAGAUGAAGGGGAGUGGGUGCCCUGGCAUCGGGCAGGAUGUGGGAGAGGCUCAACCAAGUCACUGGGACAGGAGACAGAUAACCCCAGCAGGCUAUGGGGACUCCAUGUGGGUAUGGAGGACUAUGGUGGUAUCCAAUAGAGUCAUGGACAGGGCUUUGAAGUUGGAUAGUAUGGAAUUCCAGGUCCCUAGAACUGAAGGGAGGUAUGUCCUGGCAGGGACGUGUGUGGGACUAUCUUUUCCAGGACACACAAGGGAAGUAGUGUUAUGUUGGACCCUGGAAUUAAUGUCCUUUGUGAGGUGGCCUUGAGAACUGACACCAGGUUCUGUCCAGCUGGGGGAGGGGCCGGCAGAUAGCACAGCAGGGACUGUGUAGAAGAUGGUUCUCGCCACGCUUGGGGCUCUGUAUCCCAGGGCUGGGCUCAGUCUCUUCCUUUUUUACCUCAUCUUGGCAGGCGCACUCCUUCGACCUCAGCCCCAGAGGUCUCAGCGAUCUGUUCCUGAGGAAUUUUCAGCCCCGCUGGAACUGUUGCAGCCUCUCUCAGGCCUGGUGGAUGACUACGGGCUCAGACCCAAGCACCCAUGGCCAGGUGGGCCCCGGCCCCUUCUCUCCCAGGCCCAGCAGCGCAAGCGGGAUGGGCCCAACAUGGCUGACUAUUACUAUGAUGUGAACCUGUGAUGGAAACCCCGCAUAAAGCUAUUCUGGGCAGCAAGUGCUUGGCUCGAUAGCCUGUGUGGCGCAAGAAGGCCCGGCAGGGGUCCAAGUAAAUACACCCACUGAGGUCCAGA